AUGUACAGCUUCAAUACUCUUCGACUCUACCUUUGGGAGACCAUUGUAUUCUUCAGCCUUGCUGCUUCUAAGGAGGCUGAUGCCGCCCGCUCCGCGCCCAAGCCCAUGUCUCCCUCGGACUUCCUGGAUAAGCUCAUGGGGAGAACCUCUGGAUAUGAUGCCAGAAUCAGGCCCAACUUUAAAGGUCCCCCGGUGAAUGUGAGCUGCAACAUUUUCAUCAACAGCUUUGGUUCCAUUGCUGAGACAACUAUGGACUACAGGGUCAACAUCUUUCUGCGGCAGCAGUGGAACGACCCCCGGCUGGCCUACAACGAAUACCCCGACGACUCCCUGGACCUGGACCCAUCCAUGUUGGACUCCAUCUGGAAACCCGACCUGUUCUUCGCCAACGAGAAGGGGGCCCACUUCCACGAGAUCACCACGGACAACAAGCUGCUGCGGAUCUCCCGCAGCGGGAACGUCCUCUACAGCAUCAGAAUCACCCUGACGCUGGCCUGCCCCAUGGACUUGAAGAAUUUCCCCAUGGACGUCCAGACGUGUAUCAUGCAACUGGAAAGCUUUGGCUAUACCAUGAAUGACCUCAUCUUUGAGUGGCAGGAGCAGGGAGCUGUGCAGGUGGCAGAUGGACUAACUCUGCCCCAGUUUAUCCUAAAGGAGGAGAAGGACUUGAGAUACUGCACCAAGCAUUACAACACAGGUAAAUUCACCUGCAUUGAGGCUCGGUUCCACCUGGAGCGACAGAUGGGCUACUACCUGAUCCAGAUGUACAUUCCCAGCCUGCUCAUUGUCAUCCUCUCCUGGAUUUCCUUCUGGAUCAACAUGGAUGCUGCACCAGCCCGUGUGGGCCUGGGCAUCACCACCGUGCUCACCAUGACCACCCAGAGCUCUGGCUCCCGAGCGUCCCUGCCCAAGGUGUCCUACGUGAAAGCCAUUGACAUUUGGAUGGCGGUGUGCCUGCUCUUUGUGUUCUCCGCCUUGCUUGAGUAUGCUGCUGUCAACUUCGUGUCUCGGCAGCACAAAGAGCUGCUCCGGUUCAGGAGGAAGCGAAGACACCACAAGAGCCCCAUGUUGAAUCUAUUCCAGGAGGAUGAGGCGGGAGAGGGCCGCUUCAACUUCUCUGCCUAUGGGAUGGGCCCAGCCUGUCUACAGGCCAAGGAUGGCAUCUCGGUCAAGGGCGCCAACAACAACAACACCACCAACCCAGCUCCUGCGCCGUCCAAGACCCCGGAGGAGAUGCGAAAACUCUUCAUCCAGAGGGCCAAGAAGAUCGACAAAAUAUCGCGCAUCGGCUUCCCCAUGGCCUUCCUCAUCUUCAACAUGUUCUACUGGAUCAUCUACAAGAUCGUCCGCAGGGAGGACGUCCACAACCAGUGA